AUGGUCGUGAACAACAAGGUGGACAGCCUGUCGUACGACGUCGAGGCGCCGCCGCCCGCUGCCUCGGCGGCGGCGGCGGCGGCGGCGGCGGCGGCAGCGCCACCUCCGGCGUCGUCGUCGCCGGCGCCGGCUCAUCCCGCCGCGCCCGUGACGUGGCAGGGCACCGCGUCGGCGUCGGUGCUGGAGCUGCACAAGGUGUCGGUGCCGGAGCGGCGGACGACGGCGAAGGCGCUGCGGCAACGCCUCGCCGAGGUGUUCUUCCCCGACGACCCGCUGCACCAGUUCAAGAACCAGUCGGCGGCGCGGCGCCUGGGAAUCAGCUACGCCAAGCUCGCCAACCUGCCGCCGAUCAUUGGCCUAUAUUCCAGCUUCGUGCCGCCGCUCAUCUACUCGCUGCUGGGGAGCUCGCGGGACCUGGCGGUGGGGCCGGUCUCCGUCGCGUCGCUGGUGAUGGGGUCCAUGCUCCGGGAGGCCGUGUCUCCGGACGAGCAGCCCAUCCUGUACCUGCAGCUGGCCUUCACCGCCACCUUCUUCGCCGGCGCCUUACAGGCGUCCCUGGGAUUCCUCAGGCUGGGCUUCAUCGUCGACUUCCUGUCCAAGCCGACGCUGACGGGCUUCAUGGGCGGCGCCGCCGUCAUCGUGUCGCUGCAGCAGCUCAAGAGCCUGCUCGGCAUCGUCCACUUCACCUCCCACAUGGGCUUCGUCGACGUCAUGCGCUCCGUCGUCAACCGCCACGACGAGUGGAAAUGGCAGACGAUCGUCAUGGGCACCGCCUUCCUCGCCAUCCUCCUCCUCACACGCCAAAUCAGCAAAAGGAAUCCAAAGCUUUUCUUGGUAGCAGCAGGUGCUCCCCUGGCGUCAGUUAUCAUCUCCACCAUCCUCUCCUACAUCUGGAAAUCCCCCACCAUCAGUGUUAUUGGCAUCCUCCCCAGGGGAGUGAACCCUCCUUCAGCGAACAUGCUCACCUUCAGCGGCUACUACGUGGCGCUGGCGAUCAAAACAGGGAUCAUGACAGGCAUAUUGUCCUUAACUGAAGGGAUUGCAGUGGGCAGGACCUUCGCAUCCAUCAACAACUACCAGGUUGACGGGAACAAGGAGAUGAUGGCGAUCGGGAUCAUGAACAUGGCCGGCUCCUGCACCUCCUGCUACGUGACGACGGGCUCCUUCUCCCGGUCGGCGGUGAGCUACAGCGCGGGCUGCAAGACGGCAGUGUCCAACAUCGUGAUGGCGGCGAUGGUGCUGGUGACGCUGCUGUUCCUGAUGCCGCUGUUCCACUACACCCCGAACGUGAUCCUGUCGGCGAUCAUCAUCACGGCGGUGAUAGGGCUGAUCGACGUGCGCGGCGCCGCCAAGCUGUGGAAGGUGGACAAGCUGGACUUCCUGGCGUGCGUGUCGGCCUUCCUUGGCGUGCUCCUGGUGUCCGUACAGAUGGGCCUCGCCGUCGCCGUCGGCAUCUCGCUGUUCAAGAUCCUGCUGCAGGUGACGCGGCCGAACCUGGUCGUGGAAGGGCUGGUCCCCGGCACGCAGAGCUACCGCAGCGUGGCGCAGUACCGGGAGGCCGUCCGCGUGCCGGCGUUCCUCGUCGUCGGCGUCGAGUCGGCGAUCUACUUCGCCAACUCCAUGUACCUGGUGGAGCGGGUCUUGCGGUACCUCCGCGACGAGGAGGAGCGCGCGCUCAAGUCCAACCUCCCCUCCAUCCGAUGCGUCGUCCUCGACAUGAGCGCCGUCACGGCGAUCGACACGAGCGGUCUGGACGCGCUGUCGGAGCUGAAGAAAGUCCUGGACAAAAGACACAUCGAGCUGGUGCUUGCCAACCCGUUGGGGUCGGUGGCGGAGAGGAUUUUCAACUCGGCGGUGGGGGAGACCUUCGGGUCGGACCGCCUCUUCUUCAGCGUAGGGGAGGCCGUCGCGGCGGGGGCAUGCAAAGCGGCGCAGCCCUGA